AUGCUCCCACCACCUUCUGUGGCAUAUAAAAGUGCUACUGAACUUUUUUGGAGUACUCAAACAUUUGCUAUUUCUCAAAGUUAUAUACCAGUAAAAAAGAGAACAUGUAAAGAUUGUCAUGGCAAUUUGAAAAAUAUAACAUUGCGUUGUAACCAGGGUAGAGUUUACAACAGCUCUGAAAUACUUCAAAGACAAACAAGUAUCUGGUUGAUUGAUUGUUCUUUUGAAUUAUAUGCUGCUCAACAUGAUAACUUAUGGUAUAUAGAAGUUCAUAAUAAUAUCCAUAAUUAUGAUCCUUCAGAAGAUUUAUCAGGGCAUCCAAUGUCUCGUCAACUCACAAAGCAGCAAUUAAUAAAUGUUAAAGAAAUGACUGCCUCUGGCUCACAUCUCUGGGAAAUAAUAUCAACCAUCCGUUAA